AUGAUACUUCCGCCGUCUGCCGCUGGGCCCCGCCCGCCGCCGGCCGACCCCAACCUGGCCCAGUGUCCGAUCUGCUCCCGCGCCUUCGCCAAGGACCGGCUGGACAAGCACCAGGCCAUCUGCGAGAAGUCCACCAAGAAGAAGCGCAAGGUGUUCGACCCGGUCAAGAUGCGUGUGCAGGGCACCGAGUCCGAGAGCUACCUGCGCAAGAUCAAGUCCAAGAAGCCCGAGAAGCAGGUGGCGCCACCGAAGAAGGACUGGCGCAAGCAGCACGAGGAGUUCAUCCGCAACAUUCGCGCGGCGAAGAAGGCGCAGGCGCAUCUGGGCGGCCGGCGGAAAGGCGGCUAG